AUGGGGGUGAGGGGGAAAGAGGCUGGGGUGACCUUCCAGGUUCUGGCUGGGAUGCCUGAAUUGCUGGUCCUGCCAACACUAAGAUGGGGAAGCAGUAUGCACAGCCCUCAUCAUGAAAGAACCGCUUUGCCCUGCUCCAGAUUCAUUGCUCACAUGAAGAAUUUCUCUGAAUCUCUGAAAUUUAGUGAACUACAUUUUCUACAUCUUCCAGCAUUUCCAGAAAGGACUCAGAAUCCACUGGCAUAUAACACUCUACUUUGUACUCGCGGAUACUCAUUCCCCAGGUCUCCUCCUGUAAGUCCAGCUUCUUCCAAAGAAGAAGGCUGUGUAGAAGACAUUCUAUACUCAACUCUGUUCAGUGAAAAUAGUGAGGCCCCAAUGAUCUCAGCUGCCAAAAAAGGAAUUAAGAAGAGAGCCAGAAGAGCUCCCAAACAGGCCUGGAGCAGUCCAUUUUUGGAAAGUCAAAUGGCAAAAAAGCCAACUCGACCACACUCAAUAGGUCCUGUGCACCUCGAGGCUGCAGGCAGGCACAUUGACAGACAUGCCAGACUUCCAAACCAGUCCUACUGCAACUCAGAAGAAUACCCUGUCCUGUAUGGUUCCUCAGGGAGACCUUUCAUUGCCAUCAGCCUCUGCAGAAGAAGCCAGGCCCCCUUAACCCUGCAGAAAGCUUCCGAGAGUUUCUCAGAACCUGAGCUGGAGCAGAAGGUGGCAACCCCAGUAGGUGCUCUGGCAAACCCAGAUUUCCAAAGUGGGUUCCUAGGCGCGCGAGGAAAUCGUGUCGGAAGAUGUGCAGUUACCAUGGCACCGGAGAUGCUCCCCAAGCAUCCUUAUUUCCCGGGGAAAACGGGGCCCAGGGAAGACGCCUCCCUCCAGGGCAAUCUGGCAGGAGCGCCCCGUCCUCGGCUCGCUGGUGCUUCCACACGUCUCUCCUCGGAGAAGUUAAUAAAGUUUUGCUCUUCUCCCUCCUCGAGUCCACUCCGGCGUUUCCAUAAGGCUUGUUCACAGGCCCCUCCUUGGCCGGGGGUGAAUGCUCACUUGCUUUGA